AUGCAGCCCCGCGCUCUCCUCCCCCAUUCCCUGCACCCUUCCGCCUUUUCCCCGCUCACCCAUCCCCUGCUCACCCGCGUUUCCGCCACCCCCCGCCGCGUCUCGCCUCGCGCGCAGCAAUCAGGCGCUUCCGACACUCCGCGCGCCGAUGCGCCCGCGCCUACUGAAGCCACGAUGGCGGACGGCGCGGAGUUUGUGCGCCCGCAUCUGCGCCGGCUGAAGCCCUACACCCCCAUCGUGCCGUUCGAGGUGCGCCCAUCCGCCCUUCCAGUCUCCGCAUCGCUCAUCCUCUCCCUCCCUUCCCUUUCCCCGCCCCUCUCACUGCGCUGCUGCGCCUGGGCGGGCGAGGGAGUGCGCGCGCUUGGAUGGGCGGGGGGGGUGGCGGAGCAGGUGCUGUCGGCGCAGCUGGGGCGCGCGCCAGAGGACAUCGUGAAGCUGGACGCCAACGAGAACCCUUACGGCCCGCCACCUGAGGUGAGGGAGGCGUUGGGAUCACUAUCAUUCCCGCACGUGUAUCCGGACCCGGAGAGUCGCCAGCUGAGGUCGCUGCUGGCGCAGGAGUGUGGCGUGCCCAUGGAGCACCUGCUCGUGGGCUGUGGGGCAGACGAGCUCAUCGACCUCAUCAUGCGGUGUGUGUUGGAGCCGGGGGAGGCGAUAGUGGACUGCCCGCCCACCUUCACCAUGUAUGCCUUUGACGCCCAUGUCAACAACGCACACGUCAUCACGGUGCCGCGGCGCAGUGACUUCUCAAUAGACGUGGCGGGCGUGGUGGCGGCGGUGGAGGCGCAUCGCCCCAAGCUGCUCUUCCUCACCUCGCCCAACAACCCCGACGGCAGGUGCGAGCCCAACAACCCCGACGGCAGGUGCGAGCCCAACAACCCCGACGGCAGCAUGUUGAGCGAGGAGGACCUGCAGCAGCUGCUGCGGCUGCCCGUGUUGGUGGUGUUGGACGAGGCGUACAUCGAGUUCAGCGAUCGCCCCUCCGCCAUGCCGCUCGUGCAGCGCCACGCCAACCUCAUUGUGCUGCGCACCUUCAGCAAGCGCGCUGGGUUGGCGGGGCUGAGGGUGGGGUACGGGGCGUUCCCCUUGCCGCUGGUGGAGUACCUGUGGCGCGCCAAGCAGCCCUACAACGUGUCCGUCGCUGCCGAGGUCGCCGCCUGUGCUGCACUCUCCAACCAGCCCUACCUGCAGGCAUGUCAUGUCUCCGCUAACCAGCAAUACCUAGGGUCUGUGUUGCCAAUAAGAGUGGGUGAGGUGAGGGAUGCGCUGGUGAGGGAGAGGGCGCGUCUCAUGGGCCACCUCACAGCGCUGCCGUUCCUCAAGCCCUUCCCCAGCCACGCCAACUUCAUUCUCUGCGCCCUGCACAACACCCACUGGACUGCCAAGCAGCUCAAGGAUGAGCUGGCAGGGCGGGGCAUCAUGGUGCGGCACUACAGCCAGCCCGACCUCUGCAACUACAUUCGCAUCAGCGUCGGCAAGCCCGAGCACACAGAUGCACUCAUUCUAGCACUCUCACAGUUGACUUAG